AGAGAGAGUGAGUGAGAGAGAGCGGAAAACUUCAGCUGAUCUGCUCAUGGCUGUUCUUUGAAUCUGAAGUGUUUACCAUGAAGCACAAGGACUUUAUAUCGACCGUCGGCGUUAUUAAUGACAGCUCUGUAGAUUGACAGCUUAGGUUGAUAGGUUUAGACACUUAACGCGUAGUUUGUUUAUUUGAGACCGAGACACAUUUGCGCCAAAACACGCGUACGGACUCGGGAGACCCGCGUGCUUUCACCAGGGCGCGUAUUAAGUCUCGGAGGGUCCGAAUAAAAGCAGUUAUCCGGGAUUCGGGGUUCAAACUUCCCUCCUUUUCCUUUGUGCCGGAGGACGAGCACAGGCCGGCGCGCGCGACAGCAACAGGCCGCGGGUUAAGAAGCGCUGAGAGGCACAGAGACAGCCAGCCUGUGUGUGUGUGUGAGAGGAUCCAGCGCUGCUCUUUUCAGGAAUAUAAGCGAUUUUAAAGCACAACAAUGGAUCCAAACUCAGCAUCAGCGGGCGCUCCCAAAAGUGGGAAAGACAAGGAUAAGAAAAGCAAGAAGAACUACGAAGAUGGAGACGGAAAGAAGAAGUUUACUCUCAAACGGCUGAUUCCUGAUGAGCUGGAGCGCUUCACUAGCAUGCGGACGAAGAAGGAGAAGGCGGUCCCGAUGGCGAACAGACACUCAGCGGCCGCCCAGUAUGAGCUCCCGUCACAGUCCUCGUCCCUGCACGAGCUCUCCGAUGACCAUGUGCUCGACCUGUUUGAGCAGAUGCUGGUGGAUAUGAAUCUGAAUGAGGAGAAGCAGCAGCCGCUGAGACAGAAGGAUAUCAUCAUCAAGAGAGAGAUGGUGUCUCAGUAUCUGCACACCUCCAAUGCUGGCAGGAGCCAGAAGGAGAGCUCGAAGUCGGCGCUGAUAUACAUCCAGGAACUGAAGACCGAUUUGAGAGACGCACAGUUACUGGGCUGCCUGGAGUCACUGCGGGUGUCAUUAAACAACAACCCCGUCAGUUGGGUCCAGACGUUUGGAGACGAGGGUUUGGCUUUGCUUCUGGCGUUCCUCAAGAAACUUCAAGAAGAGAGAGAUGAAUCAUUAAAUGCUGGGAUUGGUGUUAAAUGUCAACAUGAGAUCAUUCGAUGUCUCAAAGCGUUCAUGAACAACAAGCACGGUCUUAAAGCCAUGCUGAUGUCACCAGAGGGAAUCCCUCUCCUCGUGCGAUCCAUCAAUCCUAAAGUCCCACACAUGAUGGUGGAUGUUGUCAGAAUUCUGUCUGCCAUCUGUAUCCUGGAGCAUCCGGCAAACAGUCACGAGCGUGUUCUGGAGUGUAUCACUGAACAUGGUGAAGAGCAGGAGGUCGAGAGGUUCCAGCCGCUGCUGUCCGGCAUGCAGAAGAACUCCAUCACUCUCAAGGCCGGCUGUAUGCAGCUGAUCAACGCUCUCAUCAGUCGCGUGGAGGAACUGGACUUCAGGAUCCAUCUGAGAUCAGAGCUCAUGAGACUGGGACUCAAAGACAUGCUCAAGGAAGUGAGGUCGAUAGAGAACGAGGAGCUCAAGGUGCAGUUGCAGGUGUUUGAAGAGCAGGCUGAGGAAGACUCUGAAGAUCUUCGCUCGCGGUUGGACGAUGUCCGCAUUGAGAUGGAUGAUGUGACUGAAGUCUUCCAGAUCUUGAUGAACACAGUAAAGGACUCUAAAGCUGAACCUCUGUUCCUGUCGCUGCUCCAGCAUCUGCUUCUGGUCCGAAACGACUACAUGUCCAGGCCUCAGUACUACAAACUCAUCGAUGAGUGUACGGCUCAGAUCGUUCUGCACAGGAACGGCUGUGAUCCUGACUUCAAAUGUAGGAAGUUUGAGCUGGACGUCGGUUUUCUGAUUGAUAACAUGGUUGAUCAGACCAAAGUGGAAAUCAGUGAAGCCAAGGCCACGGAUCUGGCAAAGAAGCUGGAGGCAGAGUUGACGGCCCGGCACGAACUGCAGGUGGAGCUGAAGAAGAUGGAGGCCGAUUACCAGCUGAAGGUUCAGGAGCUCAGCGCUGACAAAGACACGCUGGGGAAGGAGAAGAGCGAGAGAGAGAAGGAGAACCAGGGCCUGCAGUCUGAGAUCAGCCAACUGAAGGAGAAGAUCGACAAGCUUUCAAAAGAUCUCAAAGAAGCCAAAGCGAAGGUCAUCACCGUACAAGUGCCUGUGGCUCCGCCUCCUCCUCGUCCAGGUGAAGCCUGCCUCCCCGCACCAGGUCCUCCUCCACCACCGCCACCUCCUCCACCUCCUCUUCCCGGACAGACAUCCAUGCCUUUACCUCCUCCACCUCCUCCUCUUCCUGGGGCAGCCGGCAUGCCUCCGCCCCCUCCACCUCCUCCUUUACCCGGAGCACAUGGCAUGCCUCCUCCUCCACCCCCAUUGCCAGGCGCUCCUGGUAUGCCGCCUCCUCCUCCUCCUUUACCAGGAGCACCUGGUAUGCCUCCUCCUCCCCCUCCUCCGCCUGGGAUGCCCGGCAUGCCUCCUCCACCUCCUCCAAUGGGCGGCCCUGGAAUGCCUCCGCCCCCUCCAGGCGGGUUUGGUGGAUGGGCACCUCAGGUUCCUCAGCUGCCCUUCGGCCUACAGCCCAAGAAAGACUACACACCUGAGGUGCAGCUGAAGAGAGCCAACUGGAGCAAGAUCGCACCGGAGGAUCUUUCUGAGAGCAGUUUCUGGGUGAAGGCCAACGAGGAGCGCUACGAGAACAAGGAGCUGUUUGCCAAACUCACACUGACCUUCUCCACACAGACCAAGACCUCUAAAGUUAAGAAAGAUCAAGAGGGAUCAGAUGAGAAGAAAAACGCUCAGAAGAAGAAGGUGAAGGAGCUGAAGGUGCUCGACUCCAAAACAUCCCAGAAUCUCUCUAUAUUCUUGGGUUCAAACAGGAUGCCUUAUGAAGAGAUGAAGAAUGUCAUCCUGGAGGUCAACGAGAAAGUUCUCUCUGAAAACAUGGUGCAGAGUUUGCUGAAGCUGCUGCCGGAGCAGGAACAGCUCAACACAUUAACAGAGCUGAAAGAUGAGUACGAGGAGCUGGCUGAGUCGGAGCAGUUCGGAGUCGUGAUCAGUUCAGUGAAGCGUCUGAAGCCCCGUCUGAGCGCCAUCCUCUUCAAGCUCCAGUUCGAGGAGCAGGUGAAUAACGUGAAGCCUGAAGUGGUGGCGGUGACGGCCGCCUGUGAGGAGCUUCGCAAGAGCGAGGGAUUCGCCAAACUGCUGGAGCUCACGCUGCUGCUGGGGAACUUCAUGAACGCAGGAUCGCGCAACGCCAAAGCUUUCGGAUUCAGCAUCAGUUACCUGUGCAAGUUGCGAGACACUAAAUCAGCAGAUCAGAAACAGACUCUCCUGCACUUCCUGGCGGACACAUGUCAGGAGCAGCACCCUGAGGUCAUGGCCUUCCCAGACGAACUCAUCCACGUGGAGAAAGCCAGCAGAGUGUCGGCGGAGACGCUCCUGAAGAAUAUAGAUCAGAUGGGAAAGCAGAUUAAAAACCUGGAGAAAGACAUUGAGACGUUCCCCCCUCCGCAGAGCGACAAGGACAAAUUUGUGGAGAAAAUGACCAGUUUUGUUUCGGCGGCUCGUGAGCAGUUUGAGAAGCUGCAGCUGAUGCACGAGAACAUGGAGAAGCAGUACGAGGAUUUGGGCAAGUUCUUUGUGUUCGACCCCAAAAAGAUGAGCCCAGAAGAGUUAUUCGGUGACCUCAACAACUUCAGGACCAUGUUCCAGCAAGCGGUGAAGGAGAACCAGAAGCGGAAAGAGGCCGAGGAGAAGAUCCGGCGAGCCAAACUGGCGAAAGAGAAAGCGGAAAAAGAGAAAGAGGAGAAACAGAAGAGAAUCAACGAGGGAAAGAUACUCAACAUUAGUGAUGAUGGAGAUGAGACUGGUAUCAUGGAUGGUCUGUUGGAGGCGCUGCAGUCUGGAGCCGCUUUCAAGAGGAAGAGAGGACCACGACAAGCAGCCAACAAUCGUCGAGGAGCCGGUCAUGCCGUGACGAACCUUCUCGCCAAAGAGCUUCUUCAGGAGAGCGGCCCGUCCAGUGCCACGAAAAAGACCCGACCGAACACGGAGGACAGGAAGGACUCGACUCCCGAGGACACGGGCUCGCUGGAGGAUCUGUUAGAUGACGCUCCGUUACGGUCAAAUUAAACACUUCCUCUGCUGGUCCUGCUGGACAAAAGACACAAUGUGUUUUAAGGGACCAAAUCUGCAAGGGCGGGGCUCUCGUUAAGCCACACCCCCUUGAGUGAGUCCAUACGGCUUCCUAUCGGCCGUCACACAGGAGGAGCGGUUUCGUCGUUUUCUAGCCUCUUUCACUCUACACACAAGAUUCAAGAUCUGUUCAUCUCUCAUCCGCUUUUUGCAAGAUUCCAAAGAUUUGUAAAUAGAUUCCAGAAUGUUUCAUUCCAUUCCAAAUUCCGCUUCCUGUUUCUUUUCAGAACACUGUUCCGCUUAAGCUUUUUUUGUUGGUUGUUGACUUUGAAACAUAUCACGUGGCUGAAUGUUUGAAACGAGUUGCGUUAUUGUUCUCGAAACGCACCGUGCCAAUAACGUCGAGCCCAUAAAUGCAUGUUCGGUUGGUGUGUGCUUGAGGUGUUCCCACUGAGGUCCUGUAGGCCAUCACGAGAGUUAAAGAAGGUCUGGGACCUGUUCACGAGAUUAGUUCUCUCUUCUGUCGUUUAAAUCUCCAGUCUAGUCUAAAUCAUUGCAUUGAAUUAAAUAUCACAGUUUAUGCAAGAACAGUUUUCGGGUCGACUCGAUAAAAAGUGACUUCACCACUGUUUUAUGAAAUAAUUGUUUGCGCUGCACUGCCUAAACUUUCACACACACGGGUUGGUGAACGGCGGCUGUCAGUUUUGUGUUUGUGUGUGUGAAGUGCUGUAGUCCGUCUACUGUUUACUGGAACUGCUGAUACACACUCGUUCAUCUUUCGUCAUCAUAAGACAGAUCAAUGUCAUGUUCAGGGUUUAACCUGUAAGAGUAAAACGCUCGCGUGGAUAAACUGGAGAAUACAUUCAUUUUGAGGGCACGACCUUUGGCAUUUAUUUCUCUGGUAAAUGGUUUGAUCGAGUUCUGCACAUAGGUUUAUUAAACUGGAGUCUUUCUCUUAGCAGUCUUCGCAAAUAUCCCCAACAGAUCUUGUUCAACAAGUGGACCUUUAAGACUGAGUCAGUGACCUCAGAGUUUUGCAAUAUGACUUACCUGAAUGAGGGUAGAGAUCACUGUUUAAAGCCAUAGCUCUGACUGCAUCCGCACGAAAUCCUGAGAAAUGUUCUUCCAGAUUAUAGUAGAUUAAAACCUAUGUAUGUGUUUAUGUAAUGUGUGUUAACUCCACCACAUCUGAAAGAGCUUGAGAACGUCCUGUGUUUUUUCCCACCCCCCAGAGUUUUUGAAGCCAAAUUUCCAAUUGUUGAGAUUUUUGUGGACUGAUUUUGAGGACCCUGCAAGCCGACAGAUUGUGCUGAAAGGCUUCACGGGUGCUUGUGCGAGUAUACGGUUUCACUUUGUUGGAAAAGCUGGAUAAAGAUCACUGGAAAAACAAAGAGACUUUGCGUUUUCUUUGUUUUGAUGUUUUUUUAUGAACAGUUUUUCUGUCAUUUUUUAUUGUGGAUUGUUUUACUGUAAUAAUAGAGAUUGUAUUGGUGAGAUCCAUUUGGUCAAAUUGUGUAUAUUGCGUUUUGACUGUAGAGAUGUUUAUUCUGGUUAUCUCUGAACUUACACCAUUAAAUUCUUUAAUACUGU